CUUUGUAAAGUAUACCUGUCUUAGAGCGACGUUUGCUUUUUUGGAGGCAGCAGCUGCGACACCCGACGCAAGGAUCUUUUCACGAUGCUUAACAUGAACUUCCCCCUAAAUGGGGGCCCGUCGGUGCCUCCCGCAUUCCAAGGUCAGCGGGCAUCAUAUGUCGCGCUCGCAUCCAUUACGACGCUCGGUCUAGCGCUUUUAUCAUCCAUCUGGGCGUCUGACGUCUCUGGAAGCACUGCGGUGAUGGGGCUCUUUGCCAUUUAUCUUGCCUCCAGCGAGCUCCUUCUUCUGUACGCCAUCUUCAGCCCUUCUUCAGUAAUCAUCGACAUCAUUCGUCUUUCCGUCAGUACACGCGGGGUGCAUGGGCGGGGGUGGCUUAUCUUCUUCACUGUUUGCGAAAUGCUUGCCAAGUUGGUUGGCGGCGCGCUAGCGUGGUCUCUGCAUCGCUCCGCUUCUCAAGGAGAGGUGCCGUACCAGCCGGUCACCCAGACCAACGCUGGUGGUAGCAGCGGCUCCGGGGGGCCAGGCGCCUAUGCCCGGAUGCCAGCCAGCGAUCCCUUCGCCGCAUAUCAGCCACCGCAGCCCGACAGUCUGAACCCACCCCUGUCCUCCACCUACCAGCCAUUCCCGUCCAGUCAGCCGGCGGGGGUCACACACGCCUGA